GCUACAGAAGGAGGGUUCAUGUGCACAGAAUGACGUCGCACUGCAAGUCUGUCUGACUCCUUCGCUGUUUUUAUCAGUCAUUCUAUCGAAGGGCUAGAAAAUCAUAAAUCUGCGGAAUUAUGGUCCGAAUGUGAGAAUAUCUGAUGCGACCGAUCUAUAUGUCGCUCUCGAUCGGUGUGUCAUAGCAGCGUCUUGAUGUUGAGGAUUACGAGUGAUAUAGGCUACGCAGCUCAGCAGAGUUCUAGCCUACUGUUCUGUGCGUUGAGCUGUCAGAACUGAAACUAGUGGAUGUAUGACAAGAGAAAAUGCAGAAUAGCUGAUGAGGGGGAUAUUGUAAAGAAGAAGAUAUAAGGUAUAGGCUUGGUUUCGUGUCUUUAUUCUCUCUUCUGGAUUAUUGCCGCCCAGCAACACCGCCACUUGACAAAUCUGAAUGUCGUAAUUAAGGUAAAUCAAUGACCCAACGAUGGAGACCAAAAGAUACCCAAGUUUCUUCGAAGGAUCCACGGACACAGAGAAGAACAGAUGGUCCCAUGUCCCCAGCAGUGCCAUGGACUACUGCUGCAGCGGAGCCGAGGAGGCCGACAGCCUGAACCUGAACAGCAACAGUGAUGUCCUGAUGGACAUAGUCAAUGUCAGCUGCUCCCCCAGCAGCAACACAGCCGACAGCAAGGAGAGUAACAAUAACAACGAAGAGAAGAAGAAGCCAGAGCAGCAGCCUACUCUCAAACUGACCCAGAACCAACACCAGCCUUUUGUUCUCCCCCUCUUUAACAGUUCCCUCCAUGGGAGGAAGCCAGAGAUGAUGGACUCCAAGGAGCUGUCUAAAACUGUGGCUGAGUCCAUGGGCUUGUAUAUGAACGCAGCCAGGGAGGCCACAGACUUUGGCGGCUUCGGCCAACAGGGGGGUCAUUGUAGUCCGGGGAAGAUGUACCCAGCGGGAGUUUGCGGGCGCCCCUGUCUUGAGGACAGCCAGUGUGCUGCGUCCGGGGGGAGCCCCAAGUUGAAGUCCCCUUCUACUGGGUUCCCGAAGCAGCCUAGCUCCACCCCAGGGGAUUGCUGCUCAUCUGGAACCCCAGCAGGAUCAGCCGUCUUGGGCUUGUCUCUGUCCUGCAGCCCCCAGACGCCCAGCUCCAUCUCCAGCCCCGGGGGCAGCAACAACCUAGUUUCGUCCACCACCAGCCCCACCUGCUUUGGGGGGCCGUUCACCUGUACGACCAUCAGUAACCCCGUCAACCAGCAUAACGCUGCCGGACCAGCUCUGGCCCACAACCACGUCUACAGGAGGAACUCUGCCACCUGCAGCCCGGCAGGCUCCAGCACGGUGGGAUCGCCUCCGCUCACCAGCCCCCUCAACGUGAUGCGCUCGCCCAUCUCCAGCCCUCAAAGCAUGAGCAGCGUGCUCUCCCCACCGUCAUGCAGCACCUCUACCAACAUGAGGUCAUCGUCUGUCUCCAGCCCCACUGGCAGCACCAACAACAUGAGGGCUUCAUUGUCUAUCUCCAGUCCGACCACCGGGGGCCCCAUGGCAAUGUCCUCGAGCCCCAGGAACCCCUCUGGCGGUGGGGGUGGGUUUGCUGUGUCCAGCCCUGCUAGUGAACUGGGCCUGGUCCAAAAUGACUCCAACAGUCCCGAGGGACGAAGAGACCAGCAGGACUUCAAGGAGUUUGAGUUCCCCAAGGUGGAGAGCGUGGACGGGGAGAUGUUCAACGUAGGCCUGGACCACAUGGGUAUGGUGAAGUUCAUCAAGAAUGAACCCGACACGGACUAUAGGAGCAUGUGUCUGGGUAAUGGUAGCAACAACACAAAGUGUAACCAGGCCACCGGCUGCCCCGGCAAUGGCUCACCUUUCAUCACACAGGUAAAAAGUGAGCCAAACAAAGAUGGCGGUGGAUGCAUGAAUCCUCAGUGCUACACUGAGCAGCAGCAGCAACACUCUAUGGGUCUCUUCCAGUCAGGUCCGUCCGAGAUUACCUACUUGUCUCUGAGGGACAACAUUGACGAAUACAGUCUCUCUGGGAUCUUGGGACCUCCGGGCACGGAGAUGAAUGGCAGUUACGAAGCCGGCGUGUUCCCCCACAACCUCCUGUCUAAAGUUAAACAAGAGAACAACGAUGGCAGCUACUACCAAGAGAACAACAACAACGUUGUGCCCACCUCGGCCAUUGUGGGUGUUAAUUCAGGCGGACACUCGUUUCACUACCAGAUCGGAGCGCAGGGGACAAUGUCUUUCUCACGGCACGACCCAAGGGAUCACGGGACGAACCCCUUGUUGAAUCUAAUUUCGCCUGUUACCGCGUUAAUGGAGUCGUGGAAAUCUCGGCCCGGCAUGUCGCAGGGUCCAAGAGGAGAGGGCUAUCCAGGUCACGGCUGCAUGCCAGACAGCAUGUCAAGCGCGUCGCUGAGACACCCGUCGUCCACAGCCAAAGUGUGUCUGGUUUGCGGGGACGAGGCGUCGGGAUGUCACUACGGGGUUGUUACAUGCGGCAGCUGCAAGGUCUUCUUCAAGAGAGCCGUAGAAGGCCAGCACAACUACCUGUGUGCCGGAAGAAAUGACUGUAUCAUCGAUAAGAUCCGGAGGAAAAACUGUCCGGCCUGUCGAGUACGGAAGUGUCUCCAAGCCGGGAUGAAUCUCGGAGCUCGGAAGUCUAAGAAGCUAGGCAAGCUGAAGGGUGUGAACGAAGACUCGACCCCCACCAAGGAAGGGGGGCAGACGUGCCCUGGAUCUGGAGGGGGGUACUUGUCCUCGGGAGAGAAGGAGCUGAGCACCAGUCCCACUAACGCCCUGGUGCCCCACGGCCCUGGAGGUGGGCUGGUGACCCCCUACCUGCCCCCCUCCAUCUGCAGCGUGUUGGAGCUGAUUGAGCCAGAGGUGGUGUUUGCGGGCUACGACAACACCCAGCCUGACACCACCGACCACCUGCUGUCCAGCCUGAACCAGCUGGCUGGGAAACAGAUGAUCCGCGUGGUCAAGUGGGCCAAAGUACUUCCAGGUUUCCGGGGCCUGCCCAUAGAGGACCAAAUCACCCUGAUCCAGUACUCUUGGAUGUGUCUGUCCUCCUUCAGUCUCAGCUGGAGGUCCUACAAACACACCAACGGACAGAUGCUCUACUUCGCCCCCGACCUCGUCUUCAACGAGGACCGCAUGCAGCAGUCAGCCAUGUACGACCUGUGUCUGGGCAUGAGGCAGGUGAGCCAGGAGUUUGUCAGGCUACAGCUCACCUACCAAGAGUUCCUCUCCAUGAAAGUGUUGCUGCUGCUCAGCACAGUUCCCAAAGAGGGCCUAAAGAACCAGGCAGCGUUUGAGGAGAUGAGAGUGAACUACAUCAAGGAGCUGAGGAGGUCUGUGGGCAAGGCCACCAACAACUCUGGACAGACGUGGCAACGCUUCUUCCAGCUCACCAAGCUACUGGAUGCCAUGCAUGAUCUGGUGGGGAACCUGCUAGACUUCUGUUUCUACACGUUCCGUGAGUCUCAGGCUCUGAAGGUGGAGUUUCCAGAGAUGCUGGUGGAGAUAAUCAGUGACCAGAUACCAAAGGUGGAGUCGGGCAACACACACACCCUCUACUUCCACAAGAAGUGACUGUACUGAGUCCUUGGGAGGAAGAGAGGAGAGAGAAUUAAAUAACGAGAGGGGGAGGAGUGGGAGAGGAGGAAGGCCAAGGAAGGACCCUAGCCUCAGGAGUGGCCUAACUACUAUGCCAGCCAGUCAAUCUGCUGCCCCCUCCCCUUUCUCAAAUGGGAGAGGAAGUGACACGUGAGGGGCAGGAAGUGAGGUGGAGGAAGUCGAGUCCCCCACACUGCAAUCUCCGUCCGCCGGUUAGAGAGGUGACGCUGAGUGAGUGACAUCUCAGAGCCAAGGAAAACGCACUGACGAGGACUUUUUAAAAUGUGACAAAGAAGCAUCCCGACCCUUAGCGUGCCCCCCCCCCCCAAAGACGAUGAUGUUUUUCUAUGGAUUCGAAGCCAUACAUUUUUUUGGUUGCGCUACAGUCCAUACAUUCACACAGACCCACAUGUACAGUAAUGCAGCACCAACACAGGUAGACAGUAACACAGACCAUCUUACCAUCCUGAAAAAUGUCAGAUGAUAACUGUGCUUUCAUGGAUAUUAGUUCUACUACUCUGACAAUAUGGAAAACAAUGCUUAGAUGUUGCUAUGCAGUGUAUUUUCAUUAGGUUACAUGGCAACAUAUACUUUUUUCAUGACAAAGACUAAAUGUAGGGUUUCUGUGAGAGGAUCAAGGUCUAUUUGAACAUACUCCAAGGGCUAUACAAGCUUAACAAUAAACUGAAUAGUUG